CUUUUUUUUUUUUUUGUCUUUUUUUCCUUUUACCUCCAAGCAAACCUAGCUCGCGGGUUUGUGAUGAACCCAGGCGCCUGGGUUCAUCGCGAACCUAGGAUGAACCCAGCUCACGCGACUAGGUUCACGACUGGGUUGGCAAUGAACCCAGCUCGCGCCUGGGUUCGCGACAUACCCAGGCGCAAGCUAGGGGAAAGGGGAGGGUCCAUUUUGAGUGUUGCUAAGGCACUUUGUGAGCUUCAGUUGGAAUUGCACCAGCAGUCUUCAAGUUUUGAGGUUGUUGAAGUUGGAAGAAAAACACGAUGCAGGACUAAAGUAGAAGCUAAGGGUGUGGAUUUCUUAAUUAUUGAAUCUUCCUUCCAAUCCACGAGGGUUAAGUGAAAAGGAUGCUGUGUUUGUCAGACAGUGAGGAGAAGAAGGUGAAUGAGUUUCAAAAGAUUGUUGAAGCAAUUAAAGUAGAAGAAGUAGAAUGCUUGAGGAGGUUCAGUGGGAAAGUGUUCAGAUCCCCAACUUUGUUUGAGGAUAUGGUCAAAUGCAUUAUCCUUUGUAACUACCAGUAUGUCACACCUAUACCUCUUUCUCUUAUUACUGUACUGCAUAUUUCUUAAUCAGUCAUUGAAUAAUCAUCCUUGGCAUGGCUUCAUUUUGCCACUAGAAUCCAUCUGGUGGCUUAUGGCUUUCAAAAUGGACAGCAGGGGAAACAGGAUGAGUGAGCAAGGGAAUCAAUUGGGUUAGCUAGUGUUCAUAAUCAACGAGAAGGCAGAAAGGAGGAGACAAUAGAGAGAGGAAAUCCGGCAACUAAACUUGCUAGAACUUCAGUCAACUCUCACAUUCCUGUAAUUGUCAUGGAUCAUGAACUUCCAGAACUGUUUUUAAUUCUUGGAUUAGGGCAAAUUCCACACAGCAACAAGGGAGUGGGGGAGGAGGGAAAGCUUGGAGGGAGAUGCCAUGCCAAGAUUAUGCUAUGAUAAAUGGAAAAGAGGGGA